GCCCAUUUAACGGCCAUCACUGUGUUCUGUCAAAAUGUAGUUGUGGUUUUAAUACUAGUACAUGACAGUCAGAUAACUACUAUCUGGGAUAACGUUAUCGAUAGAUGAUGAUCAAACAAUAUUGAUAGAGGAUUGAUUACAGGAUUGUCCCUUGGUUUGCUUCGACAGAAACUGGUACGGUGUCAAAUGUCCACUGUUAACCGGAUGGACAUUUAAGCAUGUGACUUUUAUAAUUUCUGUAUUUUGAUCAGGAGGGGCACUUGUCAAAUCUGUUUUAAUUACAGUGAACUCACCGAUUUAGUUGGCUUAGUUCUAGGAGCGAGAAGCUUGAUAAAAAAAUCUUUGAAAGGAAUUUUUUUACAGAUAGUUUCUAGAAUAUUUUUUGGAUGGAAUUAUGACAUAACUGAUGAAUUUGAAAGGUAUUUGUAAACGUCCAACCGUAAAAAUGAUGAACGUGAGGAAAGUACCUUUAAUCAUAGCACUAACUAUAAUGACACUUUUUUGUUCUAUGUUUACCCUUUACAUGACAAUGUUUAAUCAUGGGCCACCUUCUGAGAUUAUGGAAGCUAACAGACGUGUAGUGUUGAAACCUCAAAAUGCCAUAGAACUGGAUUCUGAAGAACUGGACGAAGAAGAGUCCGAAAGUGUUCGUUCUGCCAAACACUGGCAAAAAUUUGUGGACGAUAAUAAAUUUGUGGGCAUUGGAGACGUAUAUAACUCAUGUGAUAACAAAGAUAGAAUUACUAUUGGAAAAGCAAUAAUGCUUCCCGACCCAGAAACUGGAGGCAUUAAAGUUAGAACUUUCAUCAACAUCACCUUAGAGAAACCACUGACAGAAGGGGAGUUUCUCGUAGAUGUCAAAUAUAAUGGUAAAGAUCUGUAUGACAACCAUUGGGAGUUCUGUACGAUAGAUGAAAACCAAGAGGUUCGUCAAGUAUUCUGCCCUUACAAACCGGGGUUUUACUCAUGGGCAACCGACAAAAAGAUUCCAAAGUUCAUUCCAAAGGGUAAAUACGAGACCCGAGCUUGGUUAAACGGUGACGAUGGGCAGCUGUUGACUUGUGGGCUGACGACAUUUGUCUUAUAGUAGAGGAUGACGAUAUUUGUCUUAUAGAGGAGGAUGACCCUCAGCCUUAACAAUGCAGAGAAAAAUAUUAUUAUUAUUAUUAUUGUUGUUCAGUGUGGAUCUUACAUAUUAAUAAUGUGUAUACCUUUUGAAGUUUAUAUUGUUCAACAUUGUCUUCUAAUUAACCCAAUUAAUUAUACUUGUAUUUAAAUAUGUAUCAGGGAUGUUGCAUUUAUAUGAUGUGUGUUGAACACUUUGAUUGUGUCUCGCUUUAGAGACUACUUGCUAUAUUAGCAACAUUCCACUCUUAAUUAU